AUGGGAAUACCAGCCAAAGUUGAAACAGAACGAGUGGAGGUAAAUCCUCAAAUUCCAGCUACAAGUAGUAAAAGGGGUGACAUAAAGAUGUUUUUGACUUGCAAGCCCCCAACGUUUUCUGGGGAAAGAGAUCAUGUUAAAGCUAUGUGCUGUUUGAAGGAGAUUGAAUAUGUGUUUAAUACCAGCAAAUGCCCCGAAGAAGACAAGGCCAGCAUUAUGUGCAAUAAGAAGAUGAUCAAUAUCAUUUUGCUAAAGAGAGGGCCAAUUGUGAUUUAUGGUGAUCGGCAGGAUCAUCAUACUAAUCUGUUGUCGGUUUUGAAAGCACAGAAGUGUAUUCAGAAAGGGUGUCGUGGGUAUCUGGCCUAUGUAAUUAAUUCAAAGAAAGAGAAAGGCAAGCAAGAGUCGAUUCCAAUAGUUUGUGACUAUCCAGAAGUUUCUCUAGAGGAGUUGACUGGUUUACCGCCAGAUCGGUCUAUUAAAUUCAUAAUUGAUCCGACACCCGGGACAGCACCAGUAGCAAGGCACCGUAUCGUUUGGCACCAUUGGAACUAA